UGUUAUCUGUACUGUGUAGUAUCUACGUAUUUACUUACGUGGAUUUGGUACAAAUAGACUCAGUGUUGUAAUGUAGCUGAGGAAAGUAAUCACUAUGUUUUUACAAAUCAAUAAUCAUUACAUAUGUUUAGAUUUUACUGAAAUUUAUGGUUCAAUGCCGGAUGUCGUUAAAAUUGCACAUGCAGACAUUACUAAAGUGCUUAUUGAAGCUGCAAAACAUGACAGUGAUCUAGAAGGAUUGUUUAACUUAUUACAGUGCACAACAUUGACCAGAUCUUGUAUUGAUAAACUCUGUAAAUGUUACUUCAGUUACAAAGAACAAAUUAAAGAAUUCUUGGAGUCGAUUGGAAGCGCACUACCGCAUAUUAUUGAUGUAGACUGGCAACUGAAUUAUUGUGUUAAGUCCAGUACAAACUAUACAGCUAGUCUUCCCAUGUAUAACAUGUCACUUAGCACAAUAAAGAAUGGUAAAGUUGAAUGUGUUAAGUUUGUAUGCACUAUUCAAGAGGUUCAAGAAUUGGUAUGCAAGUUGAAAGACACAGCUCGACAUUUAGAAAAGCUGACCACGCAAUGAAACUAUUUUAAAAAAUUUUACAAUUCGGUAAUUCUGUGAACACCUUUUUACAGUGUAGAUUAGAAAAUUAAUAAUAUAAAUUUAUGAAAUAAUUAAAGAAAAAAACAUAACUUUCCACUAACCAA